AUGGUUGCAUCAAAGAAAUUGACACUAAAAAAGGUUACAAAUUACAUAGCAGAUGUAAUCUGUAAACGUGCAGAUCUUGGUUAUAAAUAUGGUGUUAUUCUCAUACCUAAAGGACUUAUUGAUUCCUUGAGACAUGGGAAGUAUCCUGGUUGUGCUCAUUUUGCCAUAAGAGGAGGGCGUAGAGAUUCCAAAACAGAAUACCAGCUGCCAGGUUUUGAGAAAAUGAUAUCGGGAAUGUAUUUAGGUGACAUUGUUAGAAGAGUAAUUCACAAAGUGUCAUUAGAAUCAGAUAUUUUUGGACGAGUUUCCUCUAAGCUUUCAGCAAGAUUCAUGUUAAGUACACCAUUAAUGGCUGCUAUGCAUGAAGAUGACACCCCAAACCCAAGUGAAGUUGCCAAGAUUCUUGAAGAAACCCUAAAUAUAAACGAUGUUCCACUGAAAGUGAGAAAACUGGUGGUGAAAAUAUGUGAUGUGGUGACAAGAAAAGCUGCAAGGUUAGCAGCAGCGGGCAUUGGGGGAAUUUUGAAAAAGAUUGGUAGGGACGGGACUGCAGUGAUUACAAGUAGAAGGGUUAAAAGUGGAAAAAAUGGGAAAAUGAGAAGAACAGUUGUAGCAAUAGAAGCAGAAAAUGAGGAAGAAGAGAAGGGCAGAAUGUGGGAUAUUCCAAAUUUGGAUAUUCCUACUUCUGAGCCUGAACUAAACUUGCCCACAGCCUUGAGAGAGCUUUCAUGUGAACUUUAUAGGUUUAUCAUAGGAAUAUCGGGAAUGAUGGUUAUGCCCUUCCUACCAUAA